AUGGAAGAAAUGCCAAGGCUAUUGGAUUGGCUAGUGGGCCAUCCAUCUGGCCUAAAAAUAUCAGAAAAAUCAGGCAAUGCAUCCAGUGCUGCAUUGGGAUCCAUACUCAGCCAACAACAGGAAGAUGGUUGCUUACACCCACUAGGACUUUUGUCAGAAUCAUUCAAAGGUGCCAAACAGAACUACAACACCCACAACAAGGAACUACUGGCAAUCAUCUGCUCAUUUGAAUACUGGCAAAUCUUCCUGGAAAGGACCCUGCACCCCAUCACUGUAUGGCACCUGUUAUUAGCUGGAUAUAACUUCCAAAUUGUGUACAGACCCGGCAAGCAAUCAGGGAAACUGGACGCACUCUCCCAACAAUCAGACCACAUCAAUAUUCCACCGGAACCCCAGUCCAUGUUACCAGACCCAGUAUUUGCCAACAUUGCCUUAGUCACACCAGAAAAGGAGCUGCAGUGCCAGAUUGAGUCAUCCCUGGACCAAGACAAGUCCCUAGAGGAAAUCCUUCAGUUCUUACAAAACAAGUCCAGAGCACCACCAUCAAUCAAAAGAGCUUUCAGGGACUACAAAAUGGAAGCCAGCUUGCUAUUCUACCAAGGACAAAUUGUGGUCCCCAACAUAGGCAUGCUAAGGACAGACCUUCUCCAAAUCUUCCAUGAUAGCCCCCUGGCAGGACAUCCAGGAAGGCAGCAAACAUUGGAACUAGUAUCCCAAAACUACUACUGGCCCAGAAUUUGCACCAACACCUACUGGCACAUGGACUCCUGCAAAACAUGCCAAUGUAUCUGCAAUCCCAAGUACGCCUCCAUCCCUCCCCAACCACUUGAGCUCCCAUCUAGACCAUGGCAACAUGUCUCCUACAACAUGAUAGUAGACUUGCCCAAGGACAGUAACAGCAACUCCAUCCUAGUCAUUGUGGAUAGCUUUACCAAAUACAUGGUCUUAGUUGAGUGCUCAAAGAAGCUCAAGGCCCCUGAAUUGGCCAACCUGUUCUUGAGGCACGUAUGGAAGCAAUAUGGAAUGCUGGAAAAGACAGUUUCAGACCAUGGAAGGGUAUUCAAUAACAAAUUCCUCAAGGCCCUGUACCAAUGCUUGGGAAUAGACCCUCAUUUCUCAUCCACCUACCACCCACAAAGCAAUGAGCAGACCAAACAAGUAAAUCCCAUGGUUGAGCACUUCCUACAAGCCUAUUCUAGCAUCAACCAAAAGGACUGGGUGAAAUGGCUACCCAUGGUGGAAUUUGCAUACAAUAAUGCAGUCCACAGUUCCACAGGCAGAUCCCCCUUCAAGGCACUAUACAGAUGGGAGCCAGCCCUCACCCCUGGCAACGUCCCCACUGAUGUACCAGAAGCAGACAAACUGGCAACGCAAAUGGAAGUGUUAUGGAUAUGA